AUGACAAUUCUUGAUUCUGACGAUCUGAGCCCGGGCGAAAUCGUUUUUUCGGCCGAUGAGACGAACGAUGCCAGCGGCACGAUCUUCGGCGAUUUGUUCUCGCCGCAAAAGCCGUCGAGUUCGACAAGCCUCACCGGCCUCAUCAUCCUCUGCAUUAUUCUCACAAUCGUCGUCGUCGUCUUCUUCGGCUGCUAUCUUAUGAUGCGCUUCAUGCAUCGCGCAUUAUCACGCGACGAUUCGAAAGACAUGCUUGCCGUCGCAAAUCCCUAUAAUAAUGUGGUAAUGCAUUCGAAGCGCGUCUACGAGAUACAAGCCGAAGAAGGGUGCUUCAACGGCGCGCCCGAUCCAUUGGAUCCCGGCGAUCUUGACGAGGAACCGACGCAGGAGCCGCAAUCCUGCUAUAUCGACGACGUCGAAGACGUGAAAAUCAAAAAGCCGGAGACCGGCGAUUUGAAAACGAUUCGCCAAACCGAAUCAUGGAACGACGAUCCGAAAAUGAUGUUGCGCAAAAAGCAAAAGGUGCACAAGGACUCCGUGUGCGCCUUCCUGUUUCGCCCGAAUCCGCCCGAGCCGAGAAUGGUGUGA